UCACGCGACCCGACUCACGCGCUCCUCCUGCAGCUCGAGUCAGACCCGGGACCCGCGCCUCCUCCUGCUCCUCUUCAUCUUCAUCUUCAUCUUCACCUCCAGGAGUCAUGCAGAAGAGGAGGAAGCCCGAGCCCAUCCAGCUCAACCCGAUCCCGGACGGACACACGAUCAACGGCACCGGAGCGUCCGAGGCGAACCUGGAGUCUCUGCAGAAGAAGCUGGAGGAGCUGGAGCUGGACGAGCAGCAGAGGAAGCGUCUGGAGGCCUUCUUCACGCAGAAGCAGAAGGUCGGAGAACUGAAAGACGACGACUUCGAGAAGAUCUGUGAACUCGGAGCAGGAAACGGGGGCGUGGUCUUCAAAGUGUCCCACAGACCUUCAGGACUCAUCAUGGCCAGGAAGCUGAUCCACCUGGAGAUCAAACCUGCCAUCAGGAACCAGAUCAUCCGGGAGCUGCAGGUUCUUCACGAGUGUAACUCCCCCUACAUCGUGGGCUUUUACGGCGCCUUUUACAGCGACGGGGAGAUCAGCAUCUGCAUGGAGCACAUGGACGGAGGAUCUCUGGACCAGUCUCUGAAAAAGGCCGGAAAAAUCCCUGAGCAGAUCCUGGGCAAAGUCAGCAUCGCAGUCAUUAAAGGUUUGUCGUAUCUGAGAGAAAAACACAAGAUCAUGCACCGAGACGUGAAACCUUCAAACAUCCUGGUGAAUUCUCGAGGGGAGAUUAAACUCUGUGACUUCGGGGUCAGUGGGCAACUCAUCGACUCUAUGGCCAACUCCUUCGUGGGGACGCGCUCGUACAUGUCUCCCGAGCGUCUCCAGGGGACUCAUUACUCCGUGCAGUCGGACAUCUGGAGCAUGGGCCUGUCGUUGGUGGAAAUGGCCAUCGGUCGGUUUCCCAUCCCUCCUCCGGACGUUCAGGAGCUGGAGCAGAUCUUUGGAGUGUCGAUGGAGGGAGAAGCGGCGCUGAGCGAGUCCUCGCCCCGACCACGACCCCCGGGAAGACCUCCAGGAUCGUACGGCCACGACAGCAGACCUCCCAUGGCCAUCUUCGAGCUCCUGGAUUACAUCGUUAAUGAGCCUCCGCCCAAACUCCCAGGGAUUUUCAGCACCGAAUUUCAAGAUUUCGUGAAUAAAUGUUUGAUCAAGAAUCCGGCGGAGCGAGCAGAUCUCAAACAGCUCACGGUGCAUCAGUUCAUCAGGUCGUCUGAGGCGGAGCAGGUCGACUUCGCCGGGUGGUUGUGCAGCACAAUCGGACUGAACCAGCCCUCCACCCCCACCCACGGACCAGCGGACCAGCGCGUGACCCACCCCCACCCCCCACGGACCAGCGCCAUGCACCCCCACCCACGGACCAGCGCCAUGACCCCACCCACGACCAGCGCCCCCCCCCACCCACGGACCAGCGCCAUGAACCCCCACCCCCACCCCCACCCACGGACCAGCGCCAUGAACCCACCCCACCCACGGACCAGCCAUGACCCCCGGAACCCCCCACCCACGGACCAGCGCCAUGAACCCCCCCACCCCACCCCCACCACGGACCAGCGCCAUGAACCCACCCCACCCCCACCCACGGACCAGCGCCGUGACCCACCCACCCCCACCCCCCCACCACGGACCAGCGCCAUGACCACCACCCCACCCACCCCCACCCACGGACCAGCGCCAUGA